AUGGCUGCAAAGUCAGAUAUGGAUAAAGAGAGGCUGGUUCAAGCUGCCCAAACAUUCUUUCUUCACAUUCAAGAUUUUGCUACUGUCACAAACACACUCACCGAAUUGUUUAAUAGCUGUAUGAAUUCUCAGAUCAUCACAAUGGUUGUGAAAGAAGAUAGUUAUGUUAAGGAAGUCUUUGAACAAAUGGUCAGAAUUUUUAAGGAGAUGCAAUCUGUAGUGGCGGCCAAGGAUAACAACGCGCAAAAGGCACCUAUAUUUUCCAAGAUUGCAACAGCGAUGUGCACAGUGGUUGAUAAGAAUACCAAAGUAAAAGAGUUGCAGCCAGCAACUAGAGAAAAGUUAGCACAAGUCAAUACACCACUCAUUGUCUCUCUGAUGAGCAGUGGUAACAUCAUUUCGAGUUUGGAAUCUGCUCUUCAACUCUUGACGCUGCAUCCCAUCAUGAGUCUUCAAAUACGUGACUUCCAAAGAAAAGACACCAAAGAACAAUCAGAUGCUACCACAUCUAUGGAAAGCUCAAGCGCAGGUCCAUCCAAAGUCACUACAGUAGACAAUGUGAAAAAGUUGCAAGAUGCACUAAAAAUUGAGAAUGCUAAGAAUACCAUUGCGUCAGCCGCAGAACAAUUGGAGCAAAUUGUUAAAAAUAUGAGACCAACCUUAGAGAUCCUCCAAAAGGCCAUACAGACUUUGGAAAUUAGUACAUAUGGGAUUAAGAAAGUCAGUCACUUGUAG